AAGUAUAAUUCACUCGUUUUUCAAGCACACUCAAACAGUCGGACUCAAAGAACGAUGGCAACGAUCCGCAGACGAGUGAAUGUCCAAGAGGAUGCAGACCCCAACAACAUAGACUUACAAAGGCUCCGUAUCGGAGGAGCCGCGGAUGAAGAGCAACUACCGGAGUUCCCUCUUUCCCCUAGACCACGCUGCCGCCGUUGUAGAUGGCAACCCAAAUUCCGAAACAUUGUCAAUACGGCCAAUCAGAACGGCAACGCAGGCCGCCCGUACUACAGAUGUGUUCGUUGCGAGACAAGAGGCAAGCAAGGCGUAGGGGAUCACUACACAGGGUGGAUAACAUGGGAUGACGAUCGUGGUAUGGACAGUAGUAAUCCGAAGUGUCACUGUGGAAUAGCUAGUCGUCAGGACAAGGCAGGAGCUGAUACAACUAUGCCCAACUUGGGAUUCUGGACGUGCGCGACAGGAAGUUGUGAAUACUUUUCGGACGUCGAGAACGGGCAGACAAAUGAGCAAAGAAAGAAGAAUCCGGGGAAGGAGUGAUGGUGCUACUUUGAACCGUGGUUGCUUCGAUUAAGAGUUCGUGAAUAAGGGUCUCUGUCAUAUAUAUGUUGGGCUACGUUGCGCAGUAUACGUACCGGCAGCGUUUCCAUCGUUUUGUAAUACAGUACAAUUAGGGGCUGUUAAGAGUAUGUACAGCCUAGAGUAAAUAGAGGUACGUAUAGUAUAACACUUUAAGUUACUA